AUGACAUGCCAAGAAGGCUCUAACUGCCCAUGGACAAAAGGAUUUAACGACCUCGGCUUUUGGCUGGACAUGUGCGAGACUCUCUUCGGGAUUCCGCCGGACGAAGUCCGCAAGAACAUCGAGCGGACCAACCAAUUUUAUGGCGGCAAAGACUUCCCGAAUGGGUCAAGAGUAGUGUUCACCAACGGCGAGGUCGACCCUUGGCAUGCGCUGUCUUUAUUGGUGAGCCCGCGCCCCGACAUAGACACCAUCUACGUGGAGGGGGCGUCCCACUGCGAGUGGAUGCAGGAGUGGAAAGGAAUGCCGCAGCAGAUCCGAAAUGCCAAGCAGGCCAUCCAAAACAAGGUGGGCCAAUGGUUGGAGCAGCUGACCAAGCUGAAGCGCUCAGCCCGCAAGUUUUUGGCUGCAUCUUCUGCCUUGCAGCUGGGUCUGGAGGUUGCCUUGGGGUGGAAGCUGGAGGCUCCAAAGUAUCGACUCCGAGACCUGGCAUGUUCAUGUGGCCACCUUAGCACUCGCAGUCGGCCCAGCAGCCGGCCCACGUCGGCGGGCUCCACGCGGACCGCCAGGAGCCAGCCAAGCGGAUCCACACCCUUGCGGAUCACGGCGCGGCUGGCGCAGCCAAAGCAGUUGAAGCGCCCGCCCCCAGUCCAUGUGUGGAACCACCUCGAGAAGACCAGCUUCGUGCCCCCGGAGGAGGCAUACUGCACGCAGGUUGCGACAGACUCGCCCUCCUGCAGUGUGCCACCAAAACUCCUGGAGCUGCUGCAAAAUAUGUGGCGCGACUCUGUGGCCCGUGGCCGGCGCUAUGUUUGCAUUCUGGAGGUGUGUCACAACUGCGAAGAUCACAGGAGGACGACCAAACACAACCCUGAGAAGUACAAGGCAUACACAGAGAACGUGGCGAGGCUCGUGGCGCAGGAGUUCUCCUUCAUGACGGUGGAGCAGAUGCACCACUCGCGGCACUUUUGCUGCUGCAAGCGCCUGGCGCGGCGUCUCGGCGCCUUCGAAGUCUACUUGCUGGCGCCGGAGCCCGGCACCAACAAUCAGAUUUGCACGCCGUAUUUGCUACACUCGAAGCUCACGUCGCUGACCUGGCCCAACAACCAGCAGGUCAAGCAUCGUUGCCUCGGUGCUUUACCAGGCAUCGUCACCCGGAUACUGCAGCUCCCAUUGCAGGACUUCAGCGUGGCGGAGGGCCUGGAGGUGAUGAAAGAGGCCAAGGCCUUGGGACUGGACUCCUGGGAGGCGCUGGAUGGCCUGGCGGACCGGGUCUCCUCGGCCAACCGAGCCCUCGAGUCAGGACAGCAAGCGGCGGCCCAGAAGGACAAGAAAGCCCUCCGGGAGGCCAUUCAAGAAUGCCAAGAGCUACAGCUCGCCGAUGAGGCCAUUGAAGGUUGGAUGCAGGACCUGAAGCAGUCGAACAUGGCCUUGUUCAACAUCAAGCGCCAAGCCAAGCGGUUCCAGCGCAACGCCGCCUUCAGCGCGGCGGCGCGGCGCUUGGAGGGCGCCGUCCAGGCGCCGCUGCGAGUGGAGCAGCUGAAAGUGGCCAUCGCCAAGGCGCAGCAGGCAGAGCUGCCGGAGGAGGACAUCCGGGCGGCUCUGGCGCUCGCCGCGCGUGCGGAGGCGGCGGUCCAGCGAGUCGCCGCGGGCUUCCGGCAGCGGUGCUUACUGGAAGUCGCCGGUGCCAUCGAUGAUAUUGUGCAGCUUGCCCUGCAGGACUCUGCGCUGUCGGAGGCCCAAGGCACUCUGAGCCUUUUGUCGCAGAAAGGGGCCUGCGCAGCGCAGCAACGCGACCUGGUCGAGCUCCAGGAAGUGCUAGGUGCUUGGCAGAUAGAGGCGGGAGAAGGAGGCACCGCAUCGGGCCCGGAAUAUCAGGCGAUCUUACAGGCCGAGAUGGUUCGCGCCCACCUGGCCAAGCAGGUGGAGGAGGCUGAGAGGAGGUUCCAGGCCCAGCGAUGGGAUGCCUUGCAAAGUGCCGUGGAGAGGUUGAAAGAUGCCCACAUCCAGGACGCCCAGUGGGAGCGCUGGACCUCCGCGCUGCAGCGGGAGAAGCAGUGGACCGUGCUCCGCGCCGUGAGCGGCGCGGCGGUGAGCCUGAAGCGCCAGCUCUACAAGCGGCGCCUGGAGGCGGUGCUACACGCGGACCAGGUCUCCUUAGAGCAGUUAGACGAGGCGGCAGAUGCUGCGGAAGCCCAGCAGGUGGAGGGCUCCUUGGUGGCCAAGGCCCGGGCGGAGGCCUCCACGGCGCGGCAGCGCUGGAGCGACGCCCAGGAUGCCAUGGCCAAGAAGCUGGUGGACCGCGCUGACGUGAUGAUCUGGAAGCUGCAGAAAGGCCGCGUGCGCCUGGAGGAGCUGACGCGCCGGCAGGGCGCUUUGUGGGAUCUGGUGGACGCGCUGCAGGACGCGGAGAACAGCCAGGACUGGCAGGCCAUGGACAGGGCCGUGGCUGGCUGGAAGGAGGAGCGACCUGGCAUCGAGCACGAGGCCUUCGCCUCGGAGACCUCGGCCACCCGGCUGCUGCGCCGCGCCAGAGACCGCCGCGGGGAGCUGAGGCUCAAAGAGCUGCGCCAGGAGCGGCCGGGGGGCUUCCUUGUUUGGUGCACCUUCCCACAGGAAGUCAAUGACAUCCUGAACAGCGACAUGGCUGCACGGGCAUUUGCGAGCGCCUUCUAA